AUGGUGGAGAAGAGAAAGCGGAAGAGCGGCAAGGCGGAGCAGGCCGCCGUCGCGCACGGCGCUGGCUGCCUUGUGGCGAGCACGCGAGGGAUCCGCGCACGCCACCGCCACCUGAUGCGCGACCUCACUCGGCUGCUGCCGCACGGCCUGCCGCACUCGAAAGUGGACACGGACGAGGCGGGGCUCGGCGGGAUGGCGGCGCUCUGCGAGGAGAACGACUGCUCGACCUCGCUGCUGCUCGACGCGCGCGACCCGCGCCGCCUCUACAUGUGGGUCGGCGGCUGCCCUGACGGGCCGACGGCGAUGUUCCGCGUGAUGAACAUUCACACCGUCGCGGAGCUCAAGCUGGAGGCGCGGCGCGUGCUCGGCGCGCGCAACGUGGUCGUCUUCGACUCCUCCUUUGGCCAGACUGCCGACCGGCGCGUCAUGCGCGCGCUGCUCUCUCGAGCCUUUGCGGUGCCGCGCCGGCACCGAGGCGACGGCGGCGGGAGCGGCGACGGCGGCGGCGGGAGCGGCGACGCUGCCGGGCACAGCGUCUCCUUCUCCUGGCUGGACGGGCGCGUGUGGAUGCGCGUCUACCGCAUCCAGGAGGCCGUCGGAGGCGGCGGCGUGCUCGACGUCGCGGAGAUAGGGCCGCGGCUGGUGCUCGCGCCGGUGCGCAUAAUCGCGUCCGGCUUUGGCGGCGCCGUGCUGCACGCAGCCAACUAG